UGCAUUACCGGACCGGGUAGAAAUGCAGUUUGUGAUACGAUUCGUUCCUGUGCGCUGCCGAGUCCGAGAGAAUGGGUCACGAGCGGCGCGGCCACAGUGCGGCUGAUGAACUUCCCUGUGGAAAGUGAUGCUUCGCUACGCAGUUCCAAGUUCAGGAGGAAGCUCGGGCCUUCGGUCCUCAAGAGGCCGUCGACGACGCCCAGAGCGCGGCGAGCGGGAAAAGAGCACGGCGCGCGAGGAGGCGGCGGCGGCGCGCGGCUCCCACGCCAGCAGCACGGCCAGCAGCGCCGCGUGGAGCGCCACCGUCGCCGCCAUGAGGCGCCGCCGCCCCACGCGCGCGUUCAGCCACCCGGCGGCCGCCGACGCGCCCGAGUUGAGUAAUAUUUCCUCGUAUGUUUCAACAUAUUUAAAAAUGAAGCUAUUUCAAGUUAUUUUACUUUUUGUUUUGUUUUUUGCACAUUUUUUAUUUCUAAUAUUAUUUACUUUAUUGGAGCACAGAGGCAAGCCAAAAAUGCCUUAUGCAGAAUUAAAUACUUAUGAUUUAAAAAACUACUCCCAAUAUUUCAUUUUGUAA